AUGUCUACCACCGCACUCUCCAACGCCACACGCGCGCUGCGCACCUACGCGAAGCUCCCACUCACUACCACUACCAAGCGCACAUUGGCAACCACCACUCGUCUCAACAAGCCCCUCCACAUCACCGGUCGCAUCGAAGGUCUGCAUCGCCCAGAUGAAAACGAUAACACCCCGUUACACUGGUCGGACAAAGCUUUCCUCCUGCUCGCGGGCGUCGGCGCGGUUUACCUUGGUUAUCUGGCCGUCGGGGAGAUCAAGGAGGUCACUUGGCCUUGGAUGAAGGAGAAGGUCGAGAAGGCUGAGGAGAAGAAAUGA